AUGCUAUCACAUAAUACCAUGGUGAAGCAGAGGAAACAGCAAGCAUCAGCCAUCAUGAAGGAAAUCCAUGGAAAUGAUGUAGAUGUCAUGCACCUGGGCAAAAAAGUCAGCAUCCCCAGAGACAUCAUGUUGGAAGAAUUAUCCCAUCUCAGUAACCGUGGAGCCAGACUAUUUAAGAUGAGACAAAGAAGAUCUGACAAAUAUACAUUUGAAAAUUUCCAGUAUGAAUCUAAAGCACAAAUAAAUCACAAUAUUGCCAUGCAGAAUGAGAAACUGGAUGGAAGCAACUUGGAAAGUGGUUCACAGCAAGCACCAUUCACUCCUCCUAACACUCCGGAUCCACGAAGUCCCCCAAAUCCAGAAAACAUUGCACCAGGAUAUUCUGGACCACUGAAGGAAAUUCCUCCUGAAAGAUUCAACACCACAGCUGUCCCUAAGUACUACCAGUCGCCCUGGGAACAGGCCAUUAGCAAUGAUCCGGAGCUUUUAGAGGCUUUAUACCCAAAAUUUUUCAAGCCUGAAGGAAAGGCAGAAUUGCCUGAUUACAGGAGCUUUAACAGAGUUGCCACCCCCUUUGGAGGUUUUGAAAAAGCAUCAAAAAUGGUUAAAUUCAAGGUUCCAGAUUUUGACCUACUACUUCUAACAGAUCCCAGGUUCAUGGCCUUUGCCAAUCCUCUUUCUGGCAGACGGUCCUUUAAUAGGACUCCGAAGGGAUGGAUAUCUGAGAAUAUUCCUAUAGUUAUAACAACUGAACCUACAGAGGAUGCCACCAUACCAGAAUCAGAAGACCUAUAA